AUUUUAUAUUUAUAAUUAUAGAUCUAAUAUUACUAAUAAUAAUAGAUCUAAAUCAUUUCUAGGGAAAAUAUGUUAAAUUCGAUUACAUCUUUAAUAAAUGGUAUAAAAAAGCCAUUAAAAGUUCGAUGUGUUGCAGAAGAGAGCUUUCGCCGUUAUGGCAUAGUUGCAAAGGAUUAUUCUGACGCAGUUAAAAAAGGAAAAGAAAAAUUAAAGAUACCAAAUAAUGUUAAAGUAACGGUGGUUCUGGAGGAUGAUGGUACUGAAGUCACUGACAAUGGCUAUUUAGAUACUCUGCAACCACACACCACACUUGUUUUUCUUAGACCAGGAGAAUAUUUCCAGUCAGACCUGGUCAAAGUUGUAGAAGGACUGCAAUUGCUUAUUUCUAGUAUAAAGCCUGAGGGUAUUAAAGAAAUUACUCAAUUGUUAAAGAAAGAAGAGUCUUAUGAAAAACUUGAAAUGUUUUCACAACUUAAAGAAGCGUCCCUGAUUAAUAUAGAUGCUGAAAAAAGGCAAGAUGAUGAAGAUUGGUUUCAAGGCAUUGAUAAGAAAUACAAAACAAAGACAGCAUAUAUGAAAUACCUGGCACAGAGACGCAUCCGCAGUUAUUUUGACUCUGCCAAGGACCAGAUCCAGGAAGAAAAAGACCCCAAGGUCAAAGCUGAGUUGCUUGGUAUAUUUGACAAAAUGAAAACAGAACUCAAGAAAAAUGACCAGCAUGGACAUUAUUUUGAUCGUAGUUCAUCCAAGCAAAAGUUAUGUGAUGAAAAAGGAUGGUUUAAAUGUGAAGGACCUUUUGAUGAAGAUGCCUGUGAUCAAUCCCACAUGAUUAACCCAUAUUCUUCUAAACUAAGAAGACUUGGUUUUAUGAAUUGGAACCUUGACCAUAUAAUUGAGAAAAAAAGGGAAGUGAUUCCUAAACUGGUUGAAGCUGCCAAAAAGAAGAGUGGCAAGAAACAGCUCAACCACAUGGAAGUCUAUAAACUCUUGUUUACAAAGGACAAUUUGAAAUUUGUUCAAUAUGAGUGUCAUAAGAAAGAGGCCAGAUCCCCAACAAUCAAUGUAGAUGAUUUUUACUUACAUUAAAAAAGGUCAUUUUGUAUUAUUUAAAAUAUAUCCUGCUGUUCAAAAUGAAUUGUGAAUUGUAUCUAUUACUCAUAAAACUCUCACAACUUUCCAUUGUUUUAAUUUAUAUCAAUUUGCCAUGUUGGUUUGUUGUUAUAUGCAAUAUUAACUAUGCAUUAUUCAUGUAUGUUAUUGCAUCUUUAUUGUUAAUUUUUACCUUGCUUUUACAUUGAUUUACAGAUUGUAUAAUCAAAAACAGUGUUAUUACAUUUGCCCAGACUAUCAUUUGGAAAAUCCAAAGUGUUUUCUGUGUGACCCUAUAUGGUAGUCUUCCAUUUAAGUUAACAAACUAUCUACAUUUCCAAGCCUUGAACAUGGGUUGCAGAGAAUCUCAAAUUAUUUUUGUUAAGAUCAUACACUUACUUGGCUAGGUCUAUUCAAAAAGAGCUGUUGGUAGUGACAGAUGUUUAUUUGAUUAAAGAGCUUUGAUUGUGUUGAUUGAUGCUAGGCACUGCUGGGGUACAAGGAAUGCUUUGGAAGCAACAAAGAUUUGUUUCUUGUUCCAAAUCAAUGACAACAAAAAAAAAAACAGGAAAUAUUUGUUUUUAUGCCUUGCAUUGUAUUUGACACAAUUAUAAUAUUACUGUGAAUUUGUUGUUUUUUAUGCUAAUGUAUUUUAAUUCUAGUGAUUUAUUUUUUAUUUCAUUUAAAACAUGUCAACUUACACAUGUAUUUAAAUAUGUCUAUGUUUUUUUUUUUAGAGUUUUAUAAUUAAUAUCACAAAUGUCUUAUAUAUUUUUAGAUGGACUGUGAUACUGAAUAAAUGCCAUAAUUUUAUGACUUCUUUUGUCAGUAUGAACUUUGAAGUAUGGUGGCUGGUUGUUCAAGUGAUUUGCUUCCUAACUGAAGGGUCUCAACUUUGAAUCUUGAUUCAGGACAGGGAUUUAAAUUCAGAUUUUUCUGGGCAUUCCUCAAUCAUCCCCCCCCUCCCGCAUAUUCAUUUAUUUUUUUUCAUAUUAUUUUGUUAGUCUAAAGGGAGAUAAAAGUAAUAAAAUUUCAUGCUAUUGAUUUGCUAUUUUUUUAAAUCUGAAACUGCAUAGAAUAUUGAAUCAACAAUGUCAUUGAUUACUUCAACUUUUUCAGGCAAGAGUGAGGUUAUUCAUUUCUAUUUCUUUUCAUAAUAGUAAAGACAGAAGUCUAAUUACAGUUUUCAUUAGUCUCCUAAUAGUAUUGCAUUCAUAAGACGCUUGGGUCAAGAUCCUAAUCUGACACUCCUGCAUUCAUAAGAUGCUUGGGUCAAGAUCCUAAUCUGACACUCCAACAUUCAUAGGAUGCUUGGGUCAAGAUCUAAUCUGAUACUCCUGCAUUCAUAAGAUGCUUGGGUCAAGAUCCUAAUCUGACACUCCAACAUUCAUAGGACGCUUGGGUCAAGAUCUAAUCUGAUACUCCUGCAUUCAUAAGAUGCUUGGGUCAAGAUCCUAAUCUGACACUCCUGCAUUCAUAGGAUGCUUGGGUCAAGAUACUAAUCUGAUACUCCUGCAUUCAUAAGACACUUGGGUCUAGAUCCUUAUCUGACACUCCUACAUUCAUAGGAUGCUUGGGUCUAGAUCCUAAUCUGAUACUCCUGCAUUCAUAAGACACUUGGGUCUAGAUCCUUAUCUGACACUCCUACAUUCAUAGGAUGCUUGAGUCUAGAUCCUAAUCUGAUACUCCUUCAUUCAUAAGACACUUGGGUCUAGAUCCUUAUCUGACACUCCUACAUUCAUAGGAUGCUUGGGUCUAGAUCCUAAUCUGAUACUCCUGCAUUCAUAAGACACUUGGGUCUAGAUCCUUAUCUGACACUCCUACAUUCAUAGGAUGCUUGAGUUUAGAUCCUAAUCUGAUACUGCUGCAUUCAUAAGAUAUUUGUGGUUAGAUCCUUAUCUGACACUCCUACAUUCAUAGGAUGCUUGGGUCUAGAUCCUAAUCUGAUACUGUUGUAUUCAUAAGACACUUGGGUCAAGACCCUAAUCUGACACUCCUGUGGUUUUAAAAUCUUGGAGCUCUGACUCAGCUCCUACUUCCAUGUAGACUCAUGGCUCUUUGUCUUGAAGAGAAAUUUUUUUGUUUGUUUUCUAGAUGAUCAAUAGUCUGUAGAAAACAUUUGAUCAACAAAUCUCUAAUAUAGGAAUCACAAGAAAGAAAACAUUAGGCAUGACUGAAAGAAGACAAAAUAUUUUAUUGAAAUUUUAUAACCACUCUCAAGAUUCAAAUCUAGUACAUAAAAAGGACAUACAAUUCUACACUUUAUAGAAUCAUUUUUCUAAAUUAUAUUUAUCUCUGUACAUUCAUUCAACCCAAAGAAAGUUUGAGACAACUUAAAAUUGUUGAUUCUUUAAUUUAUUUUGAUUUAUAUCCCUUUCUAUAGUUUUAUAAAGAUGACUUAUUUCCCUUUGAUCAUCACGGAACAAAUGUGUUGAUCAUUGCAAAUAAAGCAACAUUUAAUGAAUCAGUUAAUAAAAAAAAAUUAAGACUCCUAGACUUUCACUUCUAUUGCUUUGCAUGAACUUCUUUGAAUAUAAUAUUAUUGAAGUGUAUAGAAGCUUGCACUAGAAAGGCUACAAGUAGCAACCUACAAGAUAUAGUCUAGCUGGUCUAUGUUCAACUACAAAAGUAUCUUUAAAUUAAACUACAAAAGUACAUCUGUUUU